CGGCGGUGGGAGGGGAGAUGUCAGCGGCCGGGUAGAUGGCCGCAGUGGAAGGGGAGAUGGCGGCGGCGGAGGAGGAGAUAAUAGUGGUGGGAAAGAUAGCGGGGAGGGGGAACCCUUGUUGCUGCCACGAUCUUCCCCGCCACCACAAUCUCCCGCUCCGCCUCCACAAUCUCCUGCUCCGCCAUCCCUCCCUCCACCUAUGUCAUCUUCGCCGCUGCCACCAUCUCCCCAUUUGCUCCGGUGUUUCCCCCUCCGCCAUCUCCCUAUUCGCCUCCACCAUUUUCCCUGCCGCCGCUGCCAUAGUGGUGGCGGGGCAAAUGGCGGCAGCGAGGAAGAUGGUGGGGGCAGAGGAGGGGAUGGAAGCAGUGGGGAAAAUGGCGGAUCUUGGCGGUGGAGUCGGGGGAGAUGGCAGCGGCUGGGGAGAUGGAGGCGGCGGGGAAGGAUGGCGGCGAGGGAGAAGGAGGUGGCGGCGGGGAAGAUGGUUGCAGGGGGGGAUGGCAAAGAUGGAGGAGAUGGCCGUGGCGCCUCUGUUUCCUCUGCCGCCGCCUCCAUUUCCUCCAUCGCCGCCGCCAUCUCCCCAACACUGCCGCCAUUUCCCCCAUGUCUGCGCCAUCUUCCCCUCGACCGCCAUCUCCCCCUACACACCCGUCAUCUUCCCUGCCUCGGCCAUCUUUCUCGGUGCCACCGUCAUUUCACCCUUCGCGGUGGCGACGGGGGAGAUGGCGGCAGCAGGGGAGAUGGCUGAGGUGGCGGGGGAGAUGGCUGAGGCGGGGGGGGGAAAUGGCAGAGGCGGAGGGGGAGAUGGCACGACGGCAUCAGGGAGAUGGCUUAGGGGGAGAUGGCAGCGGCGGGGGAGAUGCUGUGUGGAAGAUGGCGGAGGCAGAGGGGGAGAUGGCGGUAGAGGAGAAGAUGGUGGCGGCAGUGGGGGAGAUGAUGGCAGUGGAGAUGACAUUGCGGCGGAGAUGGUGGCAGCCAUAGGGGAGAUGGCGGUGACAAACAGGGAGAUGAUGGGUGCGGUAACAGGAGCGAUGGCAGAGAAAAAGAUCGCAGAGGUAGGCGGGGAGAUGGCGGCGGCGGGGGAGAUGGAGGCGGCGAUGGGCGAUCUUGGGGGUGGAGCCGGUGGUAACAAGGGAAAUAGCAUCGGCGACAGAGAUCGCGGUGGCGACAAGGUAGAUGGUAGAGAGAGGGGGGGAAGUGGAGGUGGGGGUGAUGUCGGGGCCUAUGGCCUCUCGUGCGCCCCUCCCUCGUCACGGGUUCGUGUUGCUAGCGCUGUUGUCAACCAGCAGUCUCUCGUCACCUGUAAGAUGCUGUUAGAGGAAACCGACCGCGCUGGUGGGGCUUGCCCACCUCCAGAGGGGUUGGUCCCUUCGGCAACCCUUCCUUCUUCCAAACGUCAAUAUGGUUGCGCCCAGGCAAGGUCUUGCACCCUCCCCAGGGUCGACGCAGCAGCAGCCUUUGUAGAAGAGGAAGAAGGCACUAGGUGGCAGGGGCCUAGAGGGACAAUGGCAACGUUUCACAGCAAGUUGAGCAGGCAACUGCCUCACAAGAUCCUUCGGUUUUCUUUGCAGAGUGGACUUUGAUUGAGCGGGAGGGCUACGAAGGGAGUGUCAAGAUGACACUGUGGAUGUUAGGGAACGCUUCACAAAGCAUAAGAUAG